AUGCCUUCUUUAACUCUUCAAUGGCUCAGCCUAGUUGCCAUCAUUUGGCUCCAAGCCAUAAGUGGAACAAACACAGAUUUCCCCACUUACUCUUCCCAACUAAAACAAAUUCUUUCCAUUUCUCAAGUUCAACUCAAUAACCUUGCUUUUGCAUCAGAUGCUGGCAAGCUUUUUGGUUGGUUUUCUGGCCUUGCUGCUAUUUACCUCCCUCUCUGGCUUGUCCUCAUCAUCGGUUCCUUUCUCGGACUAAUCGGUUAUGGUGUGCAGUUUAUUUUCAUAACCAACCAAGUUUCUUCCCUUUCUUAUUGGCAUGUUUUCUUACUAACCUUUCUUGCUGGAAACAGCAUUUGUUGGAUUAACACUGUCUGUUAUGUGAUUGCUAUAAGAAACUUUCUAUCUUAUCGCCAAGUUGCGGUUGGAUUAUCAACUAGUUAUCAAGGAUUAAGUGCAAAACUUUAUAACAAUAUUGUUGAUUUUGUUUCUCCAAACAAUAAGGCUAAAAGUUUUCUUUUCUUAAACUCUCUUGUACCUGUUGUAGUAGGCUUAAUAGUAGCUCCUUUAGUGAGAGAAAUCGAAGUGAAAAAUCCUAAGCAUUCUAGUGUUUGUUUUGCUUUGAUGUUUGUUAUUACAAUUGCCACUGGAAUAUAUGCUGUGAUUAGUAGCUUGCAAUUUUUCACUAAUAAAGUAUCAUCACUUGGUGUCUUUAUUGGCAUUAUAGUAUCCAUUCUCUUACCUCUAUUGCUUCCAAUUUCUGUGAAGAUCAAGGAACUACUUGAUUCAUGGCACAAAAAAAGUGAAAGGUUAAGAGUCUACAAUUUUACCAUGGAGGAGAAUACAAAUUAUGAAGGAAGGACAGAGAAUGAGGUAAAAGAUGGUGAAGACAGUGGUGAAUUUCAAGUGGUUGGUGUUAUGGAAGAAAUAGGAGUGAAGUUAAUGUUGAGAAGAAUAAAUUUCUGGUUAUAUUUCUUUGUCUAUUUUUUUGGUGCAACAAUUGGUUUAGUAUUUCUUAACAAUUUGGGACAAAUAGCUGAAUCCAGAGGCUGCCUUGCUACUUCAUCUUUGGUGUCUCUGUCGUCUUCUUUCGGAUUCUUUGGCCGUCUCAUUCCAUCUCUUAUCGACUAUUUCAACAGGGAAAAACGUACAAUUUCAAGACCAGCAACUAUGAUGGCAGUGAUGGCACCAACAGCAUGUGCAUUCUUCUUACUUCUCAACAAAACUGACCUUGCCCUUUACAUAAGCACAGCUGUGAUUGGAGUCUCGACUGGAGUAAUCACUUCCUCUGCUGUUUCGACAACAACUGAACUAUUUGGCACAAAGAAUUUCUCUGUAAACCAUAAUGUGGUUGUUGCCAAUAUUCCAAUGGGAUCCUUUUUAUUUGGUUAUUCAGCUGCACUUCUUUACCAUAAGGAAGAACAUGGAGAAGGAAGUUGUAUGGGCAUGGAAUGUUACAGUAAAACCUUUAUUAUUUGGGGUUCCUUUUGUUGCCUUGGAACUUUUUUGGCUUUGAUUCUACAUUUCAGGACUCGCAAGUUUUACUCUACAAAACACUAG